AAAACUCUCUCUUGUUGUUGUUAAUCAUGCAAGUAUGCUACUCCAACAAUUUCUAUCUCAAAAUUUCAUUGAUUUAUUUCUUCUCCUCUAAAACCCUCUCCAAACCCACAAGUAGUGGUGAUACAUUACAGGUCAGCCACCUCCAUUGAAGUGAAGCUCUCUCUCACCCAACAAAGAGAGAAAGAGAGAGAGAUUUGUAUAGUGUGUGUGUGGUGCAUCGUUACAAAAACACAACAGAACCGUACGAAACCUUCAGAUUUUUUUUUGUCUCUUUCCGUGUUGUUGUUUGCUAAUGACAGAACUCAACUUCCUCCUUCCAACAAUCUCCGAUCGUCUCAUCGCCGCCACCACGACAACGUCACCGUCGUUCUCAUCAUCAUCACAUUCUUCUUCCUCUCUCAUCUCUUUCACGAAACGGAGACGAAAACACCAACCUUUAGUAUCAUCAUCAUCCAUACGCAUGGAGCAGUACUACUCACCGCAAAAGAAUCGAAAAGACAAAGUCGUCGUCAUUUUAGGAGCAACCGGCGCCGGAAAAUCGAAACUUUCCGUCGAUCUCGCCACUCGUUUCCCUUCAGAGAUCAUAAACUCAGAUAAAAUCCAAGUCUACGAAGGUUUAGAGAUCACAACGAAUCAGAUUACGUUACAAGACCGUCGCGGCGUCCCUCACCAUCUCCUCGGUUACCUCAACCCCGAACACGGCGAACUCACCGCCGCGGAGUUUCGCUCCGCCGCUUCAAACGCCGUCUCUGACAUAACAUCUCGUCAAAAGCUCCCGAUCAUCGCCGGUGGAUCUAACUCUUUCAUCCACGCACUCUUGGCUCAACGAUUCGACCCAAAGAUCGAUCCUUUCUCAUCCGGGUCGGGUCUAAUCACCUCCGAUUUGCGUUACGAGUGUCGCUUCAUCUGGGUCGAUGUAUCGGAGAUCGUGCUCUACGAGUACCUCCUCAAACGGGUCGACGAGAUGAUGGAUUCGGGUAUGUUCGAAGAGCUGUCCGGGUUUUACGACCCGGUUAAAUCCGGUUUAACACCCCGGUUUGGUAUCCGGAAAGCUAUAGGCGUACCGGAGUUCGACGGUUACUUCAAAGAGUAUCCACCGGAGACGAUAAAGUGGGAUGAUGAUGAUGGUUUGAGAAAAGCGGCGUACGAUAAGGCGGUGGAUGAUAUAAAAAGGAACACGUGGACGUUAGCGAAGAGACAGAUAAAGAAGAUAGAGAUGCUAAAAGACGCCGGGUGGGAGAUAGAGAGAGUUGAUGCAACGGCGUCGUUUAAAGAGGUUAUGAAAAUGAGUUCGUCGUCGGAGAAGUGGAGAGAGGUUUGGGAAGAGCAAGUGUUGGAGCCAAGCGUAAAGAUUGUGAAGCGGCUGUUGGUGGAAGAUUAGGUUUUUUUUUUUUUUGUUUCCAGCCAUUUUACAGCUCAUUUUUUUUGGGAAACUACUAAUAU